AUGGAGAACCAAGUGGCAGACCACCUUCCAAGGUUGGAGAGAGCUGAAAAGAAAGUAGAGAUUGAAGAUAUAACGGAGACAUUCCCGGAUGAACAAUUACUAGUAGUGGCAAUGGAGGAGAUGCCUUGGAAGUUGAAUAAUGCGUUAUGGGCUUACCGCACAGCAUUUAAAACUCUAAUCGGUAAGUCUCAGUACAAGUUGGUUUUUGGAAAAGCAUGCCAUCUUCCGGUGGAUCUUGAGCAUAAAGCCUUAUGGGCACUGCGGCAGUUGAAUUUGGCUAUGGAAACCGCGGGCACAAGUAGAGUUACAGAGUUACAUGAACUCGAGAAAUUCCGGUUCCAGGCAUUCGAGAGUACAAGAUUGUAUAAGGAAAGGAUGAAGAUGAUGCAUGAUAAGAACAUCCUAGAUAGAACUUCAAACCCGGAGAUCUAG